UCAAAUUUUAAUAGAAGAGGAGACACCUUCUAACUAAAUGUUUUCUACUGACCUUGCAGGGGAAAUUCCAUCAUCUAUUUUCACUCUUCCAGUAUUACGUAGCCUGUAUCUUUCUCGGAACCAGCUUUCUGGCCCUAUACGAGAGUUUGAUAAGGCACCUUCACAGUUGGAGUCUGUGGACUUGAGCAAAAAUAAAUUCUCAGGUCCUAUUCCCAAGACAUUCUUUCAACUAACAAGCUUGAAGCAUGUGGACUUUAGCUCGAACAACUUGAGAGGUUUGGUGGACCUUACCUCGUUUUGGAGAUUAAGUAGCCUUGCCUAUUUGAAUCUCUCACAUAACAUGCUCACUGGUAUUCAACUUACUUCAGAUGUUCUCCCUUCUACUUCACUAGUCAGUCUUGAUCUUAGUUUCAAUAGACUUGGGGGGCAGAUCCCUAUGCCAAAUUCAUCAGUAGCAUUCUUGGAUUAUUCAAACAACAGAUUUUCUUCUGUUCUUCCAAACUGGGCUUUCUAUCUUAGUUACACCGGGUAUCUCAGCAUGUCCAAAAAUAGUAUAAAUGGGCAUAUACCUACUUCAAUUUGCAAUUCAAUGCUGGAUAUCCUUGACCUAUCACAUAACAACUUUAGUGGCUCGGUUCCAUCUUGUCUAAUAGAAAAUGGACAGUUGCGGGUUUUAAACUUGAGGGAGAAUCACUUUGAAGGGAUGUUGCCUUCCAAUAUUACAACCCGAUGUGCUUUACAGACGAUAGAUCUACAUGGCAAUAAGAUUGAAGGGCAACUUCCUAGGGGACUUUCUCACUGCACAUACUUGGAGGUUCUGGACCUUGGAAGCAACCGAAUAGCUGACACUUUCCCUUCUUGGUUGAGGGGGUUUUCCAAUCUUCAUGUGCUAGUCCUGAGAUCCAACCAGUUCUAUGGCGCCAUAAGUGAUAUUGUUGGGGAUAACAGAUCUGAGGAAUGUUUCCCGAGCUUGCAAAUUAUCGAUCUUGCCUCAAACAAUUUCUCUGGGAAUUUGAGAUCCCAAUGGUUCGAGCGGUUAGAAAUGAUGAUGUCAAAGUUCAAUAGUUCAGGAGAAACUCUUUCUGAUGGAAACUUCUCAAACCCUAAUGAAUUCUAUCAAGAUUCUAUUGAGAUCACAUACAAGGGGUCUGAUAUGUCAUUUGAAAGGAUCUUGACUACCCUAACAGCAAUUGACUUCUCAAACAAUAGGUUGGAGGGUACCAUUCCCCAAUCAAUUGGACGACUUGUAUCACUACGCAUACUGAACAUGUCACACAACGCCUUCACGGGAAAAAUUCCAGCCCAACUUGGCAGCAUAACUGAUUUGGAGUCACUAGAUCUAUCCUGCAACCAACUCUCAGGGGAGAUUCCACAAGAGCUAACUGAUCUCACCUUUCUUGCCUCCCUGAACUUGUCAAACAACCGCUUGGUGGGAAAGAUACCGCAAUCGCAUCAGUUCUCUACAUUCGAUAGCAAUUCAUUUGAAGGGAAUGCAGGACUAUGCGGACCGCCACUAUCUAAAUUACCUUGUGGCGCUUCGCCUUAUACUCCAAUUGUGCCACACGUAGACAACUCCUCUCUUCAUGUUGAUGUGGUCUUGUUUCUCUUCAUCGGGCUGGGCUUCGGUGUCGGAUUUGCAGCUGCUAUUGUGCUGAAAUGGGAUCGGAUCGGAAGACGGUUUAUUGCAACUGCAAGAGCUUUGCUAACUUGAUCGCCGAAGGGAAGGUUAAUCUUCAGUUGUACAUCAAGCGUGGAGUGCUUUCAUGCAUCUGGCAUUACACAAUAUCUGUACUACUAGGCAGCAGCGGAGGC